CCCCUCUCUGAGCCCUCCCUGCCCUGUCUCCAGCACCCACCGUCCCUGCCCCUCCCUGGCCCCGUCCCUCACACCCUUGGUCCUCUCCCUGUCUUCGUGAGCUGUCCGUCUCUGUUUCAAGCUCACCAAUACCACGCCUUUCCUGGGCCUCAGGAGCUCACCCUCCACCCCCUCUGCCCUGCAGGAUGCCGCAGCUGAGCCUGUCCUGGCUGGGACUCGGGCCGCUGGCAGCCUCCCCGUGGCUGCUCCUGCUGAUGGUCGGGGCCUCCUGGGUCCUGGCCCGCAUGCUGGCCUGGACCUACACCUUCUAUGACAACUGCUGCCGCCUCAGAUGUUUCCCGCAGCCCCCCAAACGGAACUGGUUUUGGGGUCACCUGGGCCUGGUGAAGAGCAAUGAGGAUGGCUUGCGGCUGGUGGAGGAUCUUGGCCACUAUUUCCGUGACGUCCACCUCUGGUGGAUGGGGCCCUUCUACCCCAUCCUGAGGCUCGUCCACCCUAAGUUUGUUGCCCCCCUGCUCCAGGCCCCAGCUGCCGCCGUGCCCAAGGAUAUGUAUUUCUACAGCUUCCUGAAGCCCUGGCUUGGGGAUGGGCUCCUGCUGAGUGCUGGUAACAAGUGGAGCCACCACCGCCGCUUGCUGACACCUGCCUUCCACUUCGAAAUCUUGAAGUCCUAUUUGAAGAUUUUCAACACGAGUGCAGACAUCAUGCAUGCCAAGUGGAGGCGCCUGGCCUUGGAGGGCAGCGCCCAUCUGGACAUGUUUGAGCACAUCAGCCUCAUGACCCUGGACAGUCUGCAGAAAUGUGUCUUCAGUUUCAACAGCAAUUGCCAGGAGAAUCCCAGUGAAUAUAUUGCCGCCAUCUUGGAGCUCAGUGCUCUUGUGACAAAACGGCACCAGCAGAUCUUCCUGCACAUGGACUUCCUAUACUACCUCACCCCUGAUGGGCAGCGCUUCUGUAGGGCCUGCAACCUAGUACAUGACUUCACAGGCAAUGUCAUCCAGAAGCGGCGUCACACCCUCAUUAGCCAAGGUUCCCAUGACUUCCUCAAGGCCAAGGCUAAGGCCAAGACUUUGGACUUCAUUGAUGUGCUCCUGCUGGCCAAGGAUGAAAAUGGGAAGGAACUGUCAGAUGAGGACAUCCGAGCUGAAGCUGACACUUUCAUGUUUGCAGGGCAUGACACCACAGCCAGCGGCCUCUCCUGGGUCCUGUACAACCUUGCGAAGCACCCGGAGUACCAGGAGCGCUGCCGGCAGGAGGUGCAAGAGCUCCUGAGGGACCUUGAGCCUAAGGAGAUUGAGUGGGAGGACCUGGCCCAGUUGCCCUUCCUGACCACAUGCAUCAAGGAGAGUCUGCGGUUGCAUCCCCCAGUCACAGCCAUCUCCCGCCGGUGCACCCAGGACGUUGUGCUCCCAGAUGGCCGGGUCAUCCCCAAAGGGAACAUGUGUGUCAUCAGCAUCUUUGGGAUUCAUCACAACCCGUCAGUCUGGCCGGACCCAGAGGUGCUGCCCUUCCCCCCUUCUCCAUGCCCAGGACCUGGUAUACAAUCCUUUCCGCUUCGACCCAGAAAGCCUCCAGAAGAGGUCACCUCUUGCCUUUAUUCCCUUCUCGGCAGGGCCCAGGAACUGCAUCGGGCAGACGUUCGCCAUGACCGAGAUGAAGGUGGUCCUGGCGCUCACGCUGCUGCGCUUCCGCGUCCUGCCGGACGAGGAGGAGCCGCGCAGGAAGCCAGAGCUGAUCCUGCGCGCCGAGGGCGGACUUUGGCUGCGGGUGGAGCCGCUGAGCGCGGGCCCGCAAUGACCCCCCGCCUCCUGGCCUGGGAUCCACCCUGACCUCACACACCUCACACAGCUUUGCAGAUUCCCGGGAAUAAAACUGUGCUGUCACCUGUGCCCGAGCCUCACCGAGAGCCAGCAGGGGGCGCCUGGUGACAGCGGAGGAUGGCCAGGGGGCGUGGUUGGGUGGAGGCGGGGCUGGUGUCUGCGAGUCCAACACCCUGAGUGCCUCUCCAGCUGACCAGAGCGCGCCCAUGCUG